AUGGCACUCCGACUCAAUGAAUUGAAAUUAGACCAGGAGUUUGAGGCCAAACUCCUUGGCGAUAUGGACGAUGUGAGAGAAAGGGCCAUUUUGGAGAGGCAGGCUGUAUCGCAGGCAGACCUACCUUCCCUUUCCUCCCAGUUGCAACAGGAACUCCCGGAAGCGAAAUUCAGAUAUGGGUUUGGACCAGCACCUGUUGAUGAUAAAUUUGUUUUUUUCUUUGAUAUAGACAAUUGUCUCUACAAAAGGUCCACAAAGAUCCACGAUCUGAUGCAGAUAUACAUUCAUAGAUUCUUCAAGAAGACGUUGAAGCUGACAGAUGAAGAGGCUCAUGUAUUGCACAACAAAUACUACAAAGAAUAUGGGCUGGCCAUUGAAGGUCUGGUGAGACAUCAUAAAAUUGAUGCGUUAGAAUACAACAAGGUGGUUGAUGAUUCGCUUCCACUUGAGAAGGUACUAAGGCCCAAUCCGGCAUUGAGAGAGAUGCUGUUGAGAAUAAAGGAAAAGGGAGUAUGUGGAAAACUCUGGCUGUUUACAAAUGCUUAUAAGAACCAUGGAAUGCGUGUUGUGAGGCUCCUUGGGUUGGGCGAUGUGUUUGAUGGAAUGACAUUCUGCGAUUACAGCGAGUUUCCAUUGACUUGUAAACCUAUGGAGGCGAUGUUCGCCAAAGCGUUGAAGGAUGCAGGGUGCAAAGACAAACAACAUGCUUAUUUUGUGGAUGACAGUGGCUUGAACGUGAGGGCUGCUAAGAAAUUGGGAUGGGGUAAGGUGAUACAGUUCGUUGAAAGGGACGAGGAUUUGCCAGAUCUGAUUGGAGAAGAUGAUAAAGAGCGCGAAGGUAUCUAUGUUAUAAGGAAUAUUCUAGAUAUUGAGAAGGUGGCAGCCGAGUUGUUCUAG